UUUGACAGUUUUUCCAAAAUAUUCUCGUGUUUCUAUUACAGCAUUCCAAAAAAUAAAGCUAAAGUAUUAUUAAUGUAGACUAUCUACGUUAUCCUAACUCCCAAGUCAUUAAUAAGUUUUCAGUUUUUUUGCAAAAUUUUAAUCCAUUUUGAAUAAAUUUUGGGGUAUGGAGUAUUUUAAAACGAACUAUUUUCUACAAAACGAGGGAAAUGAGAAGCAGGAUUUCCACAAUUUCGAGCCCAUGAUGUACCAGGAAGUUAUCAACCACCAGGAGUUUCCGAACUACUUCCAAAUGUUCUACGACUAUAGAGCACCAGAGCAGAGCCAGGUUUCUGAGGCUUGUCCUGAAGAGUGGGAGUGGCAGUGGGGAGAGCCGGUGUUGGUGAAGGAAGAGCAUCUUCAACCUUCAACCGAUAAUAUAAUCUUUAGUGCGGAAGAGCUCCGCUCGUCGCCUCGCAAGGAGCGCACGGCGUUCAGCAAGGCACAGAUCCGCAGCCUGGAGGCAGAGUUCGAGAGAGCCAACUACCUCACACGUCUCAGGCGGUACGAGAUUGCAGUCGCGCUCCACCUCACCGAGAGACAGGUAAAAGUAUGGUUUCAAAACAGAAGAAUGAAGUGGAAACGAACCAAGGGAGCUUCGAAACACACGAAGAAAAAGAAUUAA